UAAACAUGGCGUCCGGACAGCAAUGGGUGUUGGUGGAAAUGGUUCAAGCGUUUUACGAGGCGCCGGCCUAUCACCUGAUCCUGGAGGGGAUCCUCAUCCUGUGGAUCAUCAGGCUCCUGUUCUCCAAGACCUACAAGCUCCACGAGACCUACAAGCUGACGGAGAAGGAGAAGGAGGACCUCAUCGAGGAGUGGCAGCCGGAUCCUCUGGUUCCUCCUGUUUCCAAAGACCACCCCUCCCUCAGCUAUGACGUCGUCACAGGACCUCCCAGCCACAACAUCACCAUCAAUGGAAAAGAAUGCAUCAACUUCGCUUCAUUCAACUUCCUGGGUCUACUGGACAACGAGCGCGUCAAGCAAAAAGCGUUGGCGUCACUGAAGAAAUACGGCGUGGGAACAUGUGGGCCGAGAGGCUUCUAUGGAACCUUUGACGUUCACCUGGAGCUGGAGUCCCGUCUGGCCAAGUUCAUGAAGACGGAGGAGGCCAUCAUCUACUCGUACGGCUUCGCCACCAUCGCCAGCGCCAUCCCCGCCUACUCCAAGAGGGGCGACAUCAUCUUUGUGGACGAGGCCGCCUGCUUCUCCAUCCAGAAGGGUCUGCAGGCGUCACGCAGCUUCAUCAAAUACUUCAAGCACAACGACAUGGAGGACCUGGAGCGGCUGCUGCUGGAGCAGGAGCAGGAGGACCAGAAGAACCCCCGGAAAGCCCGCGUGACCCGGAAGUUCAUCGUGGUGGAGGGUCUGUACAUCAACACGGCCGACAUCUGCCCGCUGCCCGAGCUGGUGAAGCUGAAGUACCGCUUCAAGGUGCGGGUGUUCCUGGAGGAGAGCAUGUCGUUCGGCGUGCUGGGAGAACACGGGCGAGGAGUCACGGAGCACUUUGGGGUCAAUAUCGACGACAUCGACCUGAUCAGCGCCAACAUGGAGAACGCCGUGGCGUCCAUCGGAGGCUUCUGCUGCGGACGCUCCUUCGUCAUCGACCACCAGCGCCUGUCGGGUCAGGGCUACUGCUUCUCCGCCUCGCUGCCCCCCAUGCUGGCGGCCGCCGCCAUCGAGGCCCUCAACAUCAUGGAGGAGGACCCAGACAUCUUCCGCGUCCUGAGGCUGAAGUGUAAACACGUGUUCAAGGCCUUCCAGAGCGUCCCCGGGCUGAAGCUGGUGGGCGUGGCCUCCGCUCCGGCCCUCCACCUGCAGCUGGAGAGGAGCUCGGGCUCCCGGGACGCCGACACGCAGCUGCUGCGCUCCGUGGUGGAACACUGUCUGGAGAGGGGCGUGGCUCUGACUCUCGCCCGCUACCUGGACAAGGAGGAGCGCUUCCUCCCCCCCCCCAGCAUCCGGGUGGUGGUCACCGUGGAGCAGACGGAGGAGGACGUCCACAGGGCCGUGUCGUGUGUCCGGGAGGCGGCGGCCGCCAUCCUCAAAUGACCACGACGCGGCUGGAACGCAUAGCUCCAGAGGGCCGGGUAGGACGCCACUCUGAGGGGGGGGGGGCAUCUGGACCACCCCGGACCCCCUGGACUGAGCCCACGAGGGUCUUCCCUGAUGAACACUCCUCAUGUCCUCUGUUUGACUCCUAAUUCUUCGCCUCUCCUUGUUGCCUCAUAACCAUGCUGCAGUCUGAGUUUGGGGGCGGGGCUUCAACAGGAAGCUCGACUUGACUUCCUGCAGAGACUUUGAUCCAGGGACUCGUUUCUGUUUCUAUGCCGACCAAAGAGGACACAUUCAUCUCACCUUUGAUUUUAAUAUAUUUGUCACGUUGUGUACACGAGGUUUGUGAUUUUAUGGUUUGUUUACCACAAAUAGACAUUUUAACAUGUUGUUGUUGUUGUUUUUGCACUUUUUGUUUUUUCAGUCGAUGUUACUUCUCUUGUUUAGAGGUCAUUGCAUUCUGACAACUUUACUUUAAAUAUAUCUGAUUUUAAAAUGA